UAUAAAGAAGGGGUGAUGUUUCUACCGGGCAGUUUACAGUGUAGCGCACGAGUCGCCUAGGAACUCUAAUUUACUUUCUCCCCGUUGGACACGUCGGGAGCUGACAUUUCUGACGAAUGUGCGGUUGUGAAUGGAGUUUUCGCUACUCACGUGUUCCUGCAGCGAGGAGAGCAGAGGUUUGCACACAGCAGGUCAGUGUGUUUUGGGGGUGACCCGACCCUCUCAUCUGCUGGGGGAGGGGUGAUAGCAGUGGGCUGAAGGUCAUUGGCUCUAAACCUUAGCAAUAAUGGCUGCUCAGAUUACAGAGGCGGAUCAAAUUAAACAGUUUAAAGAGUUUCUCGGGACAUAUAAUAAAUUAACAGAGAACUGCUUCCUGGAUUGUGUUAAGGAUUUUACAACCCGAGAAGUGAAAACUGAAGAGGUUUCCUGCUCUGAGCACUGUCUUCAGAAGUAUUUGAAAAUGACACAGAGGAUAUCCAUGAGAUUUCAGGAGUAUCAUAUACAACAGAACGAGGCUCUGGCAGCUAAAGCAGGACUUAUCGGCCAACCUCGAUAGCGAUGGAAAAAAUCUGCUGAUCAGAGUUCUGCCGUCCCAGCAAAGAGCGCGAUGUGGUGCUCAAAAAAGCUGCAUUUGAGAGUUACGAAUACGCCAGUCUUCUACCAGCCGUGCGGAAAAACGGUGAAUCAAAAUGCAGAUGAAGACCGAAAACAGCAGAGACUUGUCUUUUCAGUAAGAGAGAUGAGAUUAUGUGAACUGCAGUCCCAAAUAUGAUAUUACCAGUUCUUUUCUAAUAAAAUAUUAUUUCAUGUGACAGAGAUAGAAAUUAUUGUGCAUCUAUGGGCAAAAUAAAAAAAAAUAUUCAGUA